AUUGAUGCACAAUGCUUAGACUCUAGCCACUUAUACUUAGAGGCGUUCUGCAAAUCUAAUCAAUAAAUUUUCAUUCCUAAGGCAAAUUACGCGAGUACGCGAGUAUUCUAUGCGUCUCUCGAAUCAGUCCAAGAAAUACUAUAAGAGCUUUAGUUCCCCGCGGAUAUCUAGACUAUAUGGAAUGUUUUGUUUGUCUUAUAUUGCCCUCUCCUUUCUAGAUACUAUGCGUCGAUAAGACCGCUCACAUUCGUUAGUCCGCCUCCCUUCCGCAAGUCAUAAUGUACGCUUUGCCCCUUAUUGUGGCAUAUCUAAGCGUAGUUGGAGCUACACCGUUCAGGCUUAUUUCAAAGCGCUUGCUCGGUGACCACCAAUGGGUACGCAAUAAGAGCAAUGGCUGUCCAGCCUAUCUUGAAGAUGGCGAAUUCGAAUCCCCAAGCUACAUAACACAGGUUUCGCAGUGUGAGCCUGAUAGAGCUUUUGGUCCACAGAGAAUUGGUUUUAUCACGCCCAAUGACAUCUCAUCCAUCUUCAAUUUUGAUAUCCCGGAGUCGCGUGCCGAUGCCAACUGCACACUUGAGUUUCUCUUCCCCCGCAGGAACCAGCUUAGCAGUUCAUCUUAUAUCUACGAGGGCGAUGGCUCCUUUUUAUUCACGGGAUAUCUGGCCGGCAGCUGCCCUGGUCCCGAGACGACGUUCAAUAACCAGCCAACCCCUGGUACCUUUCCUGCAUUCCCGCCCAUUCACAUGGAACCAGGCUACGCUUAUACCAUCGAUGUUGGCCCUUGUAUGUUUGCUGCUGGAACAUGUGUGGCUGGGAUGACUUCAUCCAAUGAUACCACUUUCAAAUUUCUUCCAAACACGAACGACUGCCCAAUUGGUAUCUAUAAUGCUUACAGUUAUGGACUACCUUGUCCACCAGAACACUGUUGAUAACGAUACGUCUGAUAUGAGUCUCCUUGUACAAGGCACAUGGCAUAAUUAACCCUCUUGGAGAACGAACGAUGAGCCUUAUGAUGAUUCAAUGUCUAAAGUUAUGGGCGCGAACAUAGGGAUCUUCCCGGAUGUCUUAGAUAUUAUUACGCUUAGGGGUUAUUAGGUAACCAUAUGAACGGUUGUGGACUUCCGAUAAGGCAUACUCUGUAGCUUCUUAGCAUAAUUGGCGUUGGAAACUCCGAGUAAUUUACCAUGCUUUCUAGUAUAAUUGGUUUAUAUUUAUCACUUGAUUUGAAUCCUUUCGGCCAACCUCAAGUCAAGUCAUACCAGUUAUGUACAAGAAAAAAGCUGACAACCCAC